GAUCGGAGUACAAAAUGUUGAUUUGACUACACCGUUAAAAUAGAUCCCGUUGUGUCAGCAAGCCAAGGACAUUACUUUUUAAAAAAACGUGGAUAGAAAAAAAAAACGGUUUAUUAAGAAAAUACAGUUCUACAUUAGCCGACGACGCCUCUUCACACAUUUUGGAAAAUGAAUCGUAAGUGCUUUGAAUCGCCUUUUAAAAUUCUUCGCUGAUUUAAUGAGAUGCAGUGUCGUAGCUAAGGCUAGAGCCACCCGGAAAGGGCGAAAUUUAAAAAAAAAAAUCUAUAGAAUGCAAAAAAAUGACGCCCCUACAUGUAAAGGCAAAACGUACCAUUGUAAAUUAUGUACUCAACUCUAUGUACAUUAAGCAAUACAAACAUGAAAACAUUGAAAAAGUAAUAUAUUUCUUUUUUUAAACAAAAAUUACGAAUUCAACGGAAGUAUACAAAAAGUGCACGAUCAUCCAUUAUUAUACUGAAAGCUUUUCUGUUUUCUUUAAAUUGCUACUUUUGUAACAAAGUUUCCUGAACAGUGGGUAUUUUUUACAAAAUAGUUAGCCUACAUUUUUUAGAUUCCCAAUUGAGUUCCUCUUUUCAAUAUCACAAUAAUAAACAAUCUACCUAUUUGCACGCACUUUAAAAAAAAACAACAAUGUUUUUAAAUGAGAAUCCAGUAGACAGCUAAAACAACGUUGAUGUGUUGCUGUGUAUAUUGAAGAGGCAAUUUGUAAUUUAUCUACAGAAUUUUAUAAUAUUUUGAAAUAAUCAAAUAAUCCGUGCAAUAAACUCAAAUUUGAGAACUCUUAACUCAAUUCUUAAACGAUUUCCUUCAGAUAAAAUAACAUUUAUAUUUAUGAUGUCAUUUGUAAACAUAUCACGUCUUCUAAAUAAUAAUGAUGCCAUUCAUAAACGAUUUAUAAAAACGACCAGUAGUAAAAACCCAAACAAAUGAGAGAUCUUUCUACAAAAAUGAUGCUAGCACUGCAUUCAACGUGUAAAAUGAUGCUAGCACUGCUUUCUACGUGUAAAAUGGUGCUAGCACUGCGUUCAAAGUGUAAAAUGAUGCUAGCACUGCGUUCAACGAGUAAAAUGAUGGUAGCUCUGCGUUCAACGAGUAAAAUGAUGCUAGCACUUCUUUCAACAUGUAAAAUGAUGCUUGCACUGCGUUCAACGUGUAAAAUGAUGCUAGCACUGCGUUCAACGUGUAAAAUGAUGCUAGCCUUGCGUUCAACGUGUAAAAUGAUGCUAGCACUGCGUUCAACGUGUAAAAUGAUGCUAGCCAUGCGUUCAACUUGUAAAAUGAUGCUAGCACUGCGUUCAACGUGUAAGAUGAUGCUAGCACUGCGUUCAACUUGUAAAAAGAUGCUAGCACUGCGUUCAACGUGUAAAAUGAUGCUUGCACUGCGUCAACGUGUAAAAUAAUGCUAGCAUUUUGUCCUCCCCCACUUUGAAUUCAAAUUUUAUAGUUAAAACGGUCUAAAAUACCCAAUGUUCCCUGCAGCCAUGGAGGUUGUGAGGGCAAAACGAUGGCCCUGUGGUUAAAUGACACCUACACUUUUAACUAGCAUCUCUUCCGUUGCUCUCCAAUUAAGUGCAGAAUGUAGCAAAAAUAAAUUCGAGUGUACGCUAAAAUGUAUUUCUUGUAUUUUGAAUUUAACAAAACAUUUCUGGGUUCCAUAAAUUUUGUGUUGUUCUGGGCAUCCGUCCUUCGUAAUGUGACGAUGGUGUAGAGUUCGCGCAGGUCGAAAUCCAAAACGUUGGGAUUAUUCUUUUUAGUAUUAAAAACUGGUUUCCUUACAUAACAGAUGCCUCUCUCCACGCCACUGGAAACCCAAGGGGACAUCAUAUGGAUGGCAGUUGUGAUGGACGAUACAAGCUCCUCUUUUUUUGUGUUGAGUUAGGGGUCCCGAAGGGCUCGGUGCUAGACACCUGUUUGUUCCUAGCGUACAUCAAUGACUUACCCAAGAAACUGACAUCCCAAGCAUGACUGUUCGCAGACGACACAGAAGUGUAUAGGAAGAUCACCAACAGUUUGACCAAUACAAGCUACAACAAGAUCGGUUAGCUGAGUGGGAGAUUAGCUUGGUGAUGGAAUUUCCUCCUGCCAAGUGCCAGACACUGUUAGUCUCUAGAAGGGGUACUCCUCUACACCACCAUUACGAACUGCAUGGCCAUAUACUUGAGUCAGUUUCCUGCGUUAAGUACCGCAGUUUUACUAUUCAAAAAGAGGUCCGCUGGGACGAUAAUAUUAACAAUAGACGCAACCAGGAAAACAAGACCUAGGGUUCUUCAGGCGAAACCUGAAGAUUGGUGAAACCUGAAGAUUGACAAUUAAAGUGUCAAAAAAAGAGUCUAUAAAGCCUUUGUCCGGCCGCUUUUAGAUUACGCAUCUUCAGUCUAGGACCCAUUCACCCAGAAGAGCAUUGACAGGUUGGAGGCGGUCCAACGAUGGGCAACACGCUUUGCUCUGAACCGCUUCAGGAACACUUCUAGUGUUUGCAGCAUUGUGGAAACACUGGGAUGGUCACUGUUGGAAGAAGGACAACGAUUAUCUAGGCUCUUAAUAAUGUACAAGAUAAAAUGGGCUGGACCACUGCUCCAGCAUUAAAAAGAAACUCGUCACUGUCCCUACUGAACAGCGACGAGGCCAUUGACAGGCAGUUCCGGCGCAUAAAAGCAAGAACACAGUAUAGGAACUGCUCAUUCCUGCAAAAGCUAAUUAGGGACUAAAACAAGCUUCCAAAAAAGAACAUUUGAGGAGAAAACACAUAAACAUUGGCGUUUAUUAAAAAAAGCCUACCAAACUCCAUUUUAUGCUACGCUCUCUUCAAUACUAGGCAUAGAAACAUUGCUAGUUCCUCUACAAAGGCUGGAGCCAGAUUGAUCAAUUCAUUGGACCCUUAAUAUAUAGAAGAAGAACAAGGAUGAUACAACUUGGCUGCAGUGGCGUCACAGGAGUUGUCGGAAUGUGCCAAUAUUAUCCGCCUAUGCGACUCCAUCUCCGGGUUUUGAAUCGAGAUUUUCCUUCUCUUGGAUGAAUUGCCUACCAAUGUUAACGAAUCCCAUUCACCCGGAUAGCUGGUAAUAUGUUUGCUUGAUUGGGCUUUGGUGGGGAUUGAACUCCAGAUCACUAAGGUGAGAUGGACUCAGUUCAGACCACUCGGCUACCCAGCAUAAGGGGCCUAGGGCAAAAAGUAUACACUCCAGAGCGCCACAACUCGAAUGAAUUUAGUUUAUGUUGGGCUGGGGUUGAAUUAGAAAUAUUUUUGAGCAUUAUUAUGGCAACUUUUGGCGCUUCCCAUCCGAAAGUCUGAAAUGCUCUCUUAAAUUAUCUAAAACAAAGCCUAAAAUUCAAGUAUUGGUCAAAUGCAUCCCUUUACCGGUGAUUUUAAUUUGCCCAAAAGUCUUAGGCACCCUCAAUUUCUGCACUCCCAUCCCCUAACGCUGAUCAGUGUGACAGUACGGGUUGGCCAAAUAAUUAAUCUGGGUUGCACCACAACUGGAGGAAAUUUAGUUUAUGCAUGGCACUAGAUGCCUUAAUGCCUCACCAACAGGUCUUAAAAAAUUCCUUCCCCGAUCAGUAAGAUCACUCAAAUCAGGUAUACUCGAAAAUGCACCUCUUGAUUUUGAAACAAUUAAAAGUUUUCUACAGACCCUUAUUAUGUACUCCUUUUAACGAUACAAUCUGCUGUUAUCCAAAAAUUGCAGCCCUUCAAAAUAAUUAAAAAUUAGCACCUGGGCGUGCCACCACAUUCGUCCUCUUUCUACGCCUCUGGCAGAGGGGUAUCUAGAGAGUUUGGCGCAAAGGGUCAAGAUUCAUUUUUACUUCCCCCCUCAAAUCUAAAAUCCAUUAUUUUUUAUCCAUUAAAUACCGCAAAACCAAUUUUGGCACCCCCGUAAGUCUGGCAAAAACAAAAUCCAAUACUUGAGCAUCAGUCCCCGAGCUUUUCUUUACGAAACACGGCAAAUCUCUAUGUUUGUGUCUGAAUGGCGGUCCCAUGUUUGUGUCUGAAUGGCGGUCCCUAUGUUUGUGUCUGAAUGGCGGUCCCUAUGUUUGUGUCUGAAUGGCGGUCCCCUGGUUGUGUCUGAAUGGCGGGCCCUAUGGUUGUGUCUGAAUGGCGGUCCCUAUGUUUGUGUCUUAAUGGCGGUCCCUAUGUUUGUGUCUGAAGGGCGGUCCCUAUGUUUGUGUCUGAAUGGCGGUCCCUAUGUUUGUGUCUGAAUGGCGGUCCCAUGUUUGUGUCUGAAUGGCGGUUCCCAUGUUUGUGUCUGAAUGGCGGUCCCAUGUUUGUGUCUGAAUGGCGGUCCCAUGUUUGUGUCUGAAUGGCGGUCCCUAUGUUUGUGUCUGAAUGGCGUUCCCAUGUUUGUGUCUGAAUGACGGUCCUAUGUUUGUGUCUGAAUGGCGGUCCCAUGUUUUUGUCUGAAUGGCGGUCCCAUGUUUGUGUCUGAAUGGCGGUCCCUAUGUUUGUGUCUGAAUGGCGGUCCCAUGUUUGUGUCUGAAUGGCGGUCCCAUGUUUGUGUCUGAAUGGCGGUCCCAUGUUUGUGUCUGAAUUGCAGUCCCACUAGUUCUUAAUUCGCUUUGAAAUGUUAUCAGCGCAUUUUGUUAAAUCGGUUAUUCAAGUCACUCUAAAAAAAGAUAAAUCCAAUGAUCCGCAAUAACUGGCUGAGUACCUAAUGUCAGCUUGAAAACGUUACGGAAAUUGUAAUAAUUGUUAAAUACAAAUCCAACCCUAAUUAGAAAACCAGUGUAGCUUUUCGAACAUGCAACAGAAAAUUCUGUAAUGGCAAAAAAAAGGACACAUUAAUUUGAUGCCUGUUCCAAUUUUUUAUGUAAGGCCCUGGGUAGUGUGCCAGUCAUCGGUUUUGCUAUUUUUAAUGAGCGUGUUUGUUGUAGAGAUUAUUUGUGUACUUCUUGCAAUGUGCUUUGUAUUAGGGCGUUUUGGGGUGUGCGAAACUUUCAACAAAAUGACAUUAUAAAGGCAAAGCAGGAAAAAUGAACGCCAUUUGAAUAUAGUAUGACAUUUUUGAGAGAAUGAGUAAAUAAUGUGUAGCACCCACGCUACCAAUUGUUAGAGAAGAAAUGCCUGCCGUUUCUCAAAGUGCACAUGACGCAUCCUAAAAACGGAAUUUUAAAAAAAAAGAAAAAAAAGAUCCAUCCUGAGUAGACUCUGUGACCCAAUGUGCUCCCCUUUUGCUUUUCCUAGAUGGGGAUUUUGGUUGGACCACAGAUCUGAAGAAAGCUGUUCGUUAAGAUUGCGUCCAUGGCUCAAUGGUAUUCAUACCUUUUUGGCAUUCACGAUGGAAACUUUCACCAGUUCUUCAAAGUAGGAAAACGGACUCACCAAUUUAUUGUUAAUGCUUAUUGCAAGACUGAGGCACUGUGUUUUGAAUUGGUUCCGGAAAAAGUCAAAGCCAAUGAGAGCUGCAGACUAAUAUGUCCCUCACCGAUUUUUAACAACCAUAUUUUAGAAUGUUAAAAUAUAUUAUAGGCCUGGAAAGAAAGUUAUAUUACCUUAAAACUUCAUAUGGAGUCCAACAAAUAUGGCUCUAGGCAAUCAAUUUCCGAAAAAAAUGUAUAAAGUAAAGUUUCAAAUGUUCAUCCAAGGGCCAAGAAGGGCUUUCGACAAAAUCAUGGAAGCAUUGAAAACCCUAGCUUACUCAAAUGCUAAUUCUUUAUUCAUAGACCUGGUGGAAGUGGUAAGGUAAGAACUUCUUUUACAACGCAUGCAGGAAAUAUGAGCGUAGAAACAAUUAAUUAGUCAUGCGUAGCAUAAACUUUGCUUGAGGGAAGCAGAACUUUCCACAGUCGUUUCCAACAGUCUAUUCUAUGAAACAUCAAACUUUAAUAAGAAGGGAAAAAAACUGGACAAAGGAAAAGUGAUAGUAUGAGAUAAAGCUUCAAUGGUCCCACCACGCGGAGUGAAUGCAGUUGACACACUACACAAAUAUCUCUCUUAGCUCAAGAUCCAAAAGUUCCUUCUAAAAAAUCUUUGGAGGUGCGGUCCUUCUUUUCGGUGAAAUUUUAGCAUAAUUUUCCUUGUUUUUUCACACACAUGGCAGCCGAUCCGAAAUAAUUUCUUCAUGCAUGAGGAAUAGUAAGUUUUGGAAAACUUAGCCAAUAUACCAGGCUUUGCACGGGAGUGCAUUAGGGCCCCGAUCCUGGUAACGCCCCAAUCCAAAUGGGACCCCAAAGCCAAUGGGACCCCCAAUGCCAAUGGGACCCCGAUCCCAUUUUGACCCCGAUCCUGACGCAAUCCCUUUUCCCUGUGUUAUCCCGAACCCGGUGGGAACCCAUUUCUUGUGUCUCCGGAUCCAAGGGGAAUCCAGAUCCCGGUGGGAUCUCGAUCUCGGUUUGAUCCCAUUACCCGAUGGGAUCGCGUUACCAAUGGGUUCCGGCUUACUAUUGGAUCUCGUUCCCCAUUAGGAUCUUAUUACUCUAUGGGAUCAUGCUCAGUGCGAUUUUGUUAGAAUACUCUUUUAGAUCCCUUUAUAUAUCCCUGUAGAACAAUAUAGAGCCUUCCUUAACAUUGUAGAUUCAAUAUAAUAUCCUCCAUGAAACCUGUAAAAAAAUUACUUUUCUAUGUAAAUAUUUUUGAAAUACUAAAUAUUAUUCAACUAAAUUUUACUACUAUAACUAUAGUGUAUUUUAAUUAAAUUAGGGGCCACAGUUAGGGCCCAUUUAAGGAAGUACCGUUUUAGCUAUGUCUGAGAUGGGCGAGUGCAUAUACAAAUCAUUCAGAUAAAUUAUGGAGUUAAAAUUUAGAAUUUGUCCCAUAAAAAUCGGUUUAAAAAAGUUAUUGAACUUUCUAGAAAAUUAUAGAUCGGUUCUGAAUGGAUUGGAUUGUAUUAGUUUUAAAUCCACAUUUAAAAAAAAAAAAUAUUAAUGAGACAGGCCUAAUGACUGUUGUAAUAUGAAAUUCAAUUUCGUCGUGGGACAGAUACAAUACUCACUCAUUAUAUUCAUUGUGUUACAUCAGAAUAGAAGCUUAAAAAGGGGUAUUACACAUUUUAUUAUAAUUAUGAAUCUUUAUUUUCUAUUCAUCAGGUUUCCAGUGCAUGUUGGUUUUGAUAGCACUGUGUGUGCUUUUAAUUCUUAUUUACUCUUCAAGAAACUCAAAUAUAAUUAAUGUUCUGUACUUUCAAUCGAAAGGUGAGUACCUCCUCCCUGCCUCCUGUAUUUCCCAACAUUAAUCAUCUAAUUUAACCCAACAGUGCAGCAUAAUCUGCAGUGUCCUUGCCUUACCCUAGGCCAGACCAAGACGCUCUUCCCACAAAGCUCUCAAACUAAAAAUAUCUCCAUUUUCCCCGCGCCAUCACAAAAUGCAGACUUUCCCCAACUCAUCCACUAUCCGUCCAAAGUUAUCCAAAAAACCACUUGGAACCAUUAUUUCUUCUUAUACUUUUAUAAAUAAUGAUAUCACACGAUUUUGUUUUUUUCAUUACAGUUGAUGCAUUCUUGCAUUUUAGUCAGCUUAUAAAUAAAACUUCUUUUUAAACAGUUGUUAAAAAAAGCAUGGCAUGAAUUGAUUUUCUUUCCAACUCAAAUCAUCAAAUUCAUGCGUGUAAAGAAAGCGUAGGCGGAACACCCCGUCUCGACCCCACCCACCCCCACCCCACCCCCAAAAGAAACCAACCUGUGCGAGUAAGUCAAAUAGGCAGAAUAUCCAUCAAGCAACGCAUUUUUAUUUUGCAAGGAAAACAGCAUAACGGAAGGGCAAAUUUAACCAGAGGACAAGGUUACCCUGCGAGAAGUGCUGCCAAGACUGUCGUUUCAAGAAGGGCCUCGUAUGCCGUAAAAUAUUUUGUUCAUAGCUACGCAAUCGCCUCGCAAAGACGGAAAGGAGGCCAUGCAUAAAUAAAGGUUUUCUGAGUCCCUAAUCUCUUGCAGUGCCCGUAGCAGGGUGCUUUUUGUAUCACUGAUCGCAACCGUCUUUGCCUCGGAUCAUGUUACCACCUCGAUCUCUGCCCCUUUUCAUCUUGGGCUCAGUUUCCUUUGCUACAGUAAUGGCAACAGUCCCCCCCAAAGCGAUGGUUAUUUUCUCUUUGGCCUCGACGUUUGCAACUGAUGUAAGGUUCAGGUUGGUUUAAAAAAGCCUUGACAUAAUUUUGCUUUUAGCUAUUUAAGGUUGGCGUUUCUUCCGUGGGGCGCGUACCCUCAGUUUGCCUCAAAUGAAGUCAAGUUGCUCUUAUCAGCCAUAUUGUAGUCUAGAGCGAAUGGUGGGUGUGUGUUGGGAAGUUUCCAAGAGCUUCAUAUGACACACACAGGCCUGAUCAGCUGAACCCCCAGCAAAAGAAAAAAAAAGGAAUCAAAAUGAACACAGAUAGGAUAUUGGCUCAUCUAAAUAAAGUUAACUCCGACCACUAGGCCUGAUUACCUUCGACCGCUAGGCCUGAUUACCUUCGACAACUAGGCCUGAUUACCUUCGACCACUAGGCCCGAUUACCUUCGACAACUAGGCCCAAUUAUCUUCGACCACUAGGCCCGAUUACCUUCAGGCCAAGCUGCACCAAACCUUAACUUUAGCAAAGAUAGAGAGAGAGAGGGUUGUUCACCUACUAAAAAUGACGUCUUAUCCAUAAAAACACAUUUUAUUUGACGUCGUAGAUUCGUAAGACACCGCGCCAUAGAUUCUAAGGAAAAGGCGGCACUUAAACAUUCUCUUAUUCGUUGUGUGUUUGAAAUGUUUACAGGUCCCCCCCCCCCCCCCCCCAAAAAAAAAAAAAAAGGACAGUACGGAUCUUAAUGAAAUUCAUACCAUUCUACUAAAUAUUUUGCAGAUGAAAACACUUCAACAUCAACGCCAUUGGAACGUCCAAUAAACGGGUCUAAUUGGACGUUGACAGAGUUUAUAAACCAUUUUAAGACGCUGUUGGAACAUCCCAGCGAUUCUCCUGUACAACGUUUUACAAAUGCUUGUGGUGGUGGUGCAGGAGGUAACAGUCUGUCCCAAAAGGCAAAUUAAAACCGAAUGAAGACGUCUAUGAGUUUGAAUUAAACAUCUUUUCACAUUUAAAUACAUUUUUAUUAUAUGCUCAUGUUAGGAUUUAAUCAGGUUUAAAAAAACAAUAUUUUAGAUGUGAGUGUGUGUGUUUGUAUGAUUGCCUGGGGAGAUAUUUGCAAAAUUAAAAAGAAAAGGAAAUAUAUCAUCUAAACAUCGAAAUCAAGAACAACUAUAUAUAAUACUAGCUAUGACUACUAUGAGAAAUGACAAAAAUUAAGAAAAAAAACAUUUUUGAGAUAUGAGGAAAUGAUCUGAAUGAUCCUCAAGAAUAAAGACAAAUAAAUGUUGUUUUUUUAUGACCGACAGCUUUUAAAUAUUUUCAAUAAGCGCAGCACAAUAUUGAGAGAAGCUUGGUGAUGAUUUUAUUUACCAGCGUGUACUCCCAACUGUUCACGGCCACUGAGUAACUCGAGUGAUGAGAGACUCACAGAUAUCCUCUUGUCUCCCAACCUGACAUUGUCAAACCAGCAGAGAGACUCCAUCUUGUCCAUGGCAGAUUCCAUCCCAGAGAAUGACAUCAUCUUCCUGUCAGCCAGCUCCUCCAACCAUUAUGACGAAAUGCAGGCCAUGUUUCACAAUCUGCACACCGUUGUCUUUCCCAUAUUGCGUAAUAUUACUGUGGUCUUAUUUGACAUUGGACUCACACAAGAGCAACGGAAAAAGGUAAAUAACACGCUGUCUUCAUUAAAUUAGUUUUCCAUUUUCUCAACAACGAUAAAGUCAAUGCCCAGAAUUUAUAUUUGAAAUUAAAAUUGUGAUGAAGUAUAAAAAAUAUCUUAAAUGUUUGAAUUUAAAUAAAAUUCAAAAUUACAAUAUAAUGGGUUUUUAACUGAUCGCUAGCCCCCCCCCCCUUCCCCUUAAACGAAACAGCUGUCUGAAUAAAUCAAGCCUAAUAUAAUAUAUAUAUAUAUAUAUAUGGUUUUUUUUUAAGACCGAGAAACAUUGCCGAUGCCACGUGGUGACGUUUCCGGUAGAGAAAUUUCCUCCUCACAUGAAGGAUAACAUGUGCUACACAUGGAAACCUUUAAUUGUUCGGGUAAGCAUACUAAUCAAUAAGAGGAGUAAAAGGAUAGAAAUGACGAGUCAUUAUUUAGACUAAAUCUAGUGGGAAUAAUAACAAUAAUACGUAUUACUUUUAUUGACAGUGAUUCCCUCGCUUUGUAAUGUUGCAAUUUAUUCAAAUGGUCAGAAAAGCCGUCUUUAGUUUUGUGUGGCCAAGAUUGGGGAUGCUAUCGUAUCAUUCACUGAAUAAUUAAAAAAAAAAUAAUAAAAAUAAAACAACAGGAAGAAUGUCUCAUAAACUACUUUGCUAGUGUGACCUUGAGUUGUUGAAAGGUAAUCGGUGGGCUUCUUGGCAACCGGAUACGCCCAGAUAAUUUCAUUUAAUCGCAUUCCAUUUGAAAACACUGAGCACGAUUUUGACGAUAUGCUUGUCAGAAAUGUUUCUGCCAGUGCAGAUCGACCAAUAACAUUCAAAACCUCUCCAGCACCGAAAUGCCAAGUGGAUAAAAAGCUUUUUUAAAAAAAAAAUGUUUCUUCUGGAAAAGACAGAGCUGUAAAAUUAUUUGUCCUUUUGUUCCAUAAACUUUUACUUUAAGAUUUUGAUAAACUGUGGAAUUAAAUGAAUACUUGUUAAGUUGUAUGUCUUUAUAGAACCAAAUACCUUAAAAAUGGUACUUUUAAUAGCAGUGCCUAAACAUUUUCUGUAAUAGUUUAAUUUAUUACAUAAAACAUAUAGUUAUGUUUAUUAAUUAAUUUUUUUAAUUUAAAAAAAUAUUUUGAAAAUAAACUUCUUAGGACCUAGCGUAGCACAUGCUGUUUUAUUGGGAUAUCAGCAUGGUUAACUAUUUCACUUCUGUCUCGUGCUUCAGGAUGCCGGCUUGUAUAAUGUAAUACUUCUUAUACUUCAGUCUUUCACUCCUAAACUCUAUCAGUCUGUCACACAAGAAGUAGAUAUCACUUUACAGUUAAAUUCACAGUACUUUAUUAUAUCACUUUUCUACAACAAUAAUAAUAAGAAUCCUUGCACACAUAUCCAGGUAAUAUAAUCCAGAAUGCAAUUAUUUCACGCAUUUAUAAAUUAUAUAAUACUCCGUGGUAUGAUAGAAAAUUCACAUGACAGAAAAUCAACCACGUCUUCACUUCUCUUCGACAUGAGAGGGACUACCUGAUCACUCAAAAACGUGCGGCUCACUUCCGCUUUACAAAAAAAUAAUUCUUUCUCUUUUACCGUGAAAAAAUACACGUUAACAUAGUUCAAUAUUCAAAUUAUGCCACCUCCCUGACUCAAUGGUUUCGUGUGCAAACAUGGUCUGUUACACCUAGUCUAAUCUAUCUCUAACACACAGGCAACCAUGGAGAAAGCGCGUCAAAUUCUGGUUUACCAAGAUGCUUCCAUCCGAUGGUCUCCAGAAAUGCACAGAGUUUUGAAUUUGACGAAAACAUUCGGUUUACAAUAUCACAGAAAUGAUGAUCUCUCCAGAAUUCCAGUGCAUACCAUUAGACAGGUUACACAACUAGGAUUAAAUAUCUAUUUAUAUUGUUAUGUUGGUUUAAUAUUUUUAGUUUGUUUUUGUUUUUUCGCAUGGUCACAGCGUAUGUCAUUGCCUGUUCCAGCUUUCAAUUGUGUUGUGUUGUUUUGUUUAUGACGCUGCAUAAUUUUUAGAUCCUUAAGAAAAUAUAAUUUAAAAUUUUGUAUUAGAUCGUAAUGUUGAUUAUGUUUUGAUGCCAUUGGAAAUAACUUGAUCAGCUGUCCUGUAUCAAUAGAUAAACUUCAGAAUGAUAGUAUGUUGACUGUUUCUUUAAAAAAAACUAACCAUUUAACAUUGUAAAAAAAUAACUAAUUUUCUAGACGUUCGAUUACUUUGGAGAAAGUCCGUGUGCAUUUGGCCAAUUCCCCGAACUCGAAGCUAACAAUGGAAUGUUUAAAAGGGACCAAUUUGUCAUACACGCUGUCCUGGAACCAUGGGCCCGUUGUGCAUUGGAACCAUCAUGUAUGUGUCCAGUCGCACCUAAUACAGUUCUAGAUUGCAGAAGACCCAUUGCUGACCACAGGUGUCACAGGUGCUAAAUAAAGCGAAAUAGUUCUAUCUUUAUGGAUUAAAUCGAAUUCUUAAAAAAGAAAUUAUACACAUUUUUCAAAUUCUUUCAUUAAGAAUAUUCUUUCCUUACAGUACAAUGGUUAAAAUUUAUAUUUAGUACAAUUGGUUAUUUUUUGUAAUAUAUUUAAACUGUAUUCUUAUGUAUUAUAUCAGUGACGCACUUUGAUUUCCAAUUAUUUAGCAUAUUGUAGUACAUAUGCGCAAAUUUAGACAUACAUGUAUGCGAAAAAUCAUUCCUUUUAACAAAAAAAUAUGUAUAACCUUUCUCGCGCUGAUUUUAGAUAGUUAAAUUAGUUCCAUUAAAAUAGUUAUUUCUACUUUCCAUUAAGUAACUUAUUUUUUUUAUAUAUAAGUUCAGGUCCCGGUUCAAAUUAUCUCAUGGGAAUAUUUUGUUGUUGUUCAUGACAAAAUUAUGUUAUUUAAGUAAAAAUAAAUAUUUUAUUAUAUAAAUAUAAUUAUAUAAAGAUUUAAAUUGAAAAUGCUUUCUUCAUUAAUGUGAUUUUUUUUUUCUGUCUUACUCGUAGAUUCGAUCAAUCGGCUAUUGGAAUGAUAACAGCAAAACUAUUUAACAAAGACAUACACAGAAUUCUGGCACCAAAGUACUAUUAUCUUGAUAUAAAACGUGAACAUAAGAUGAAAGACUAUUUUAAUUCCUUGGAACAAGCCUAAAAUUUAAUCAAUCAAAACAAUACUUCAAAAAAUAAAACAGUGUAAUUAUUUUUACUUUAUUUGACACUAGCAAAUAUACCCUUACUACAUUAGCAUUCUUUACUUCACUUGACCUUCCGUUCUUCUUUACUUUCUUGUUUCUUCUGGGUUUUGAGCCCACUCUUAUUAUUUUCUUUUUGUUAUGUAGG